CCUCCCGUUGCUGUGCAGAGAAGGGUGGGUAAACGGCCACACGCUCUCAUUCAAUUGGCUCCCAGGAAUGCAAGUAUCUGCCAUGUUGAUAAAGUGUAAUACUUUACUUUGCAUGUGAUGUAAAGCAUUACGUUACAUAUUUUGUCAGUUGUGCUCGCUUUGAUUUUCUUUUAAUUUGACAUUAUGCGUAGUCUUUCGAGACUGCAGAAUAUUUAGCAAGUUGAGCAACAGUACACUGCCAACUCUCGUUUUGAUCAUUACCCCUUUUUGCCUACAAAUAAAGAUUAGUAUUUUUUUUUUAAUACUAUGAUAAGUGAUACGGUGGCCGAGGAUGGAAUUCACGGUCCUCUUCCAGGACGAUGUUGUUUCUUUGUGGAGCGAAAGAAACGUUACUGCAAAAUGUUAGUUGCAAAAGGAAAACGAUUGUGUGGUGAGCACGCAAAUUCAGACGAAACGACUGAAGGUGAAGAUUGUAGGAAAAGGAUUCCAUGCCCGCUUGACGCAAAGCACACUGUUUUUGAACACAACCUAGAGAAGCAUCUGAAAAAAUGCAAUUCAAGAGAAAAGCCCAAACCAGUUUUCUAUGUAUGUAAUAUAAAUUCAGGUUUUGAUGGCUUACCCGGAACACAGGAAGAUCAAGUGCCUAUAUCUUCCCUUUCUAAGGAAGAAUUGGAAAUGCUGAUAAGGACCUUGAAAAAAGCCACAAGUGGCUUGAAUUGUAAACUCAAAGAACAAAUUCUGUCUCAUGAAGCAUUACAGGAUGCACUAAAUGAUCCAAAGAAUGGAGAUUCUGCACUUAAGCACCUUCAUCAACAGUCAUCCCUGUUGGGCAACAUGGAUCAUUUGGGUUUACUGGGACCCAACAGGUGCUUUGUUGAAUUUGGUGCUGGACGAGGAAAGCUGUCACACUGGAUUGACAUAGCAUUACAAGAAGCCAGUAAUGUCCAUUUCCUGCUUGUGGAGAGAGCUACCACACGUUUCAAGGUGGAUGGGAAGCAUAGAAAUGCCAGCACCGUGUUUGAGAGACUUCAUAUCGACAUUCAGCACUUGGCUCUGAGCAAGGUACCCAUUCUUGAAAAGGGAGAUCUCGCAGUGGUGGGGAUUGGCAAACACCUUUGUGGUGCUGGUACAGAUCUUGCUUUGCGGUGCCUAUUUGAAAGUUCUCAAGUCACCGACCUAGAAACUGACAGAGAGCCAGCUAUGAAACGUUUAAAGACCGAUUCCACUUCAGAUGUGCAUAGAGGUGAAAGUGCAGUUUCUGAAUUUACUGACGUACAUGUGAACAGAAAUAGUAUCCCUGUCAUUGGAGUUGCUGUUGCAUUAUGUUGUCACCACCGAUGUGACUGGUCUCAUUAUGUAGGAAAGGAGUACUUUGCAUCACUUGGACUUGGAUGCAAGGAGUUUAGUUUUUUUCAGCGCAUGUCAAGCUGGGCUACCUGUGGCAUGAGAAGACCUCCGGCAGAAGGAGUGACAUCAGAUGGCGGCAUCACAGAACAGACAGAUGUUGAGGAGCAUGAUCAAGAAGGGGAGCUUCAGCCUUCAUUGUCUGACUCCCUUGAAGGGUGUCUUACAGUGGAAGAACGUGAGAACAUUGGUCACCUCUGUAAAUUACUGAUAGACUAUGGUCGAACUGAGUACAUAAAGCAGAAAGGAUACAGUGCUGCACUGCAGUAUUACACAAAGCCAAGUAUCUCUCUGGAGAAUGUACUGUUGACAGCUGUGCCUAAGGAUGCAUGAGAGAAAA